UUUUAGAAUGGCAUUUUUGUCGAAAUUGGCCUAUGCAUUAGAUAUGCAGAUACUCACUACAAAUUGUUAUGAAACUAUUCAUACUUGGGAACCAGACUGCUAUAAAGCUAUACUGGUAGCCACUCCUAAUGGUUUUUGGGUUUCUCUACGAACAUAUCUGACAUUCUAUACGCUCACCACACUUAUCAGCAAAAGAGGAGAUGUGCGAAAAGUUGACUGGAAGAGGUUUUUUGUCGACGUGAUGAGAUCGUCGAUAUUCCUAACAGCAAAUCUUUUACUAUUUCAAUAUUUCAUCUGUCGAGCAAGGCAUUUGUUAGGUUUCUUCACAGUUCCAACAAUGGGCUGUUUGACAAGUAUGAUGGCGAGCCUUUGCGCAAUUCUGAUCGAAAAGAACUCCCGAAGGCCAGCAUUGGCUUUGUAUACAACUAAUUUGGCCUCAGAGACACUCUAUCGACAGCUACGUAAUCAUGGGUACUUAUUCAGUGUAAAAUAUGGUGAAUGUGUUCCAUUUGCCGUUGGACUUGGAAUUUUCAUGUAUCUUCGAGCUCGAGGAAAUUUGGAUCCGACAGUAAAGAAAGUGUUGAAUUUUUCCCACUGCGCUGCACCUGAUGAAGAUAUUGUGAAUGCGAGCAAGUUACCAGAUGAUUUCCACGCCAUGCUCGAUAAACUACGCCACGGAUUCGGUAGAACCUCCAAAUGUGAACAUAAAUAUUCUUGUGCUAGUGCUGCUACAGAGAGUUUCGCCAAAAAUUUCGCAAUCGGAGCUGGUAUAAGCGCAAUUCUUGCAUUGCUGCGCAAUUUGCGGCAUUUGUUCGCAAAUCCACUGACAAUCGCUAAGGUUCUAUUAUCGAAGGAGAACUUGAAACUACCACUAUUCUUCGGGCUUCUGCCUCUUCUAUUUCAUGUGACCAGAUGUGCCACCAAUCGACUUGGCGGCUCCAGUACUGAAUUUAGCAACGCGGCAGCAGGUGUCGUCUCUGCCGCUUCGAUGGCUCUGUAUCCAAAUGUGACAAUUGCUAUGUACACUUUAUGGAAGGCAAUAGAGGCAGUCUACUGCAAUGCCGUAGAAGCUGGAUAUUUACCUGUGAUACCUCACUGGGAUACAAUUUUGUAUACAAUUUCUACGGGUUAUGUUCUAUGGCAAACGGUAGUUGAACCGCAAGCAGUUCGAAAAGGGUAUCUAGGAUUUUUGAAGCAAAUAACUGGCGAUAGGUUCAGACUAUUCAACCGCGAUCUGUACGAGCACUUCGGAUUUCAAUCUAAGCUACUCUAUCCGGAUGUUAAACUCGUUCUUAAUACGAAAUAUGUCACGUUGAAUCCAAUGCUGUACCAGAAAAUAAGGCCUCCGUGCUAGAAAAGCA